ACAAUCAAAUAAUAUCCAAAUAGUUGCUACAAGUAAUAGUAGUAUAGAUCAAAUUUCAGCAAUUGAUAUAAACAUAAAUAAGAUUGUACCUGACAUAAAUACAAAUCAUAUUUUAGCAACUAAUAUAAAUUUGAAUAAGAUUGCAUCUGAUAUAAAUACAAUUCAAAUUGUAGCAACAGAAGU